UCAAAUAAAGAAAUAUAAUAUAAGUAUAAAAUUUAUAGUGGGUUUUGGAAACUUGAGAUCUAAUCGCAGACUCAAGAUAAGACUCUUACAUAACCAAAUAAAUACAAAUCUAUCGAAAUUCCGCCAAAUCAUCCCGACUCACGUGCCCGAAUCGCGUCGCAAUUGAGCGAAUUUCAAUGAAAACUCACGCAAAACUAAUUUCGACUUGUCACCGCAGCUGUCAGAAAACUUGUCGCGUUCGAACGUUUCGCCGCAAAAGGGGAAAAUACCCCGAACUAGUCUCACAAAGUGGUUUUGAUACUCGCCUUUUCUGUAAUCAGUCGACUCGGUGGUCGCGGCUGCUCUGUUUACAUGUUAAUCAGGAGUCGGUGUUUGAGUGAGUUUUGUGUUGCUUUGCGACCAAUCAAAGCCGGCUGAUUCAUUAGCGCGGACGAGCACCUGGAGAAAAUACCCGAUGAAAAAGAAAGCAGAGUCGCCGCCUCCGGCGAGAAAAUAAACUUCUCAAUUCUCAAGUGCACGGCGCGAACGUCGGCGAACAGCAAACGCCACGUGGAUACAUACUUUCGCAUUUAAUUGCACUGCGAGAAAUAAACUUUGUUUUGUUAGUGAAAUUAAUCAAAUCAAAGUUUGAUAAAAUUUACAUUUAUGUGAGCUUUCACAAAAACUGAGAUGAACCGGUUAAUGAGAAACUUCUUCCCAUUAAAAUAUUCCAAAUAUUCUAUACAAUUAUUCAACAGAAAGCUUUAUCGAUUUCUAACAUGUUACUAUAUACAUAAUAAUAUUAAAAAUCUUCUUUCAUAAUUGGAUGUAUUGUUCCCAGUCUGUUUGUGUUUGUAUUGCGCGGAAAUUAUGAGCCUAGAUUACUCUCUGGCUGUAAUAUUAUGGGGAGAGCGCGACUCGUUUUAUUGAUCCGUUCCGCCGAGAAAGGCAAAAGAGCGCAGAAUCCUUGAUGUUUUGAUUCCGUUGUUCCCAUGUGUUACGCCGACACUAAAGCUUUUUGAUAAAUUCGCUUGAUAUCAAAAUUACUGCACGCCAGGAUAACUUUCCAAAUUUUGCAAUAUGAGGAGGAACGUGGGAUACAAUAGACUGCAUCAAGUUAACGGGCACACUUACCGCCAAGAGGAUGUGCAAGUUAAUUCAAAGAUUAAAAAUAGAUGGUUUCAUAUUAUUUGCGGCUGCUUGUUCUUCGCUUUUGGUUUUGCAAUUUUAAUGUGGAGCGAGGCACGACUCUUGACAAAAACUAAAUCACUGAACGAAGGGUUCGAUUCGAUAGUUUUAAUUCAAAAUGAAAAUCAGAUUCUUCCCGAAAACAAUGGAAAAUUGAUCCACUUGGUUGGAUACAUUCAAGUCGGCGAGCCUUUGACAGAAUUCGAGUAUGGAGUAUUAAUUUCCGCCGUAAAGCUGAAACGUCGGGUGCAAAUGUACCAAUGGGUGGAAGAAAGAACUUUGAGGGAAUUUCCAGAGGAGUUUGACGUACACCAAGAUGGACUGUUUUACUACACAGAGUGGCGAGACAAAUUAAAUGAUCACACGCGAUUUGCACAGCCCUUUGGGCACGAGAAUCCAAGAGAGAUUCCUCUGAAGACGAAAAUUUACGUCAGCGACCAAGUGAAUGUAGGCGCGUACUACUUCAGCGAUGCCCUGAAAGACUUGUUCACCGACUUUGAGUUAUUCACAAGCGAUGAGAGGCCUGAAAAUCGUGACAUCAAGCUGCACUCCGGAUUGUACUACCACAGCCAAGAUGUGUGGAACCCAAAAGUCGGAGAUACAAGAGUCCAGUUUUCAUAUUCGGGGCUUGCUGGAGAAGUGGUGACAAUAAUUGCAAUGCAAGUUGAUCAUGAAUUGCACCCGUACAUCACAACCCACGGAGACAAAAUUCUCAUUUUCCGACAUGGGCAACACUCACCCAAGGACUUUUACUUGGAGCACCAUAAACAACACUGGCUGCUUUCGUGGAUAGUGAGGGGCGCCUGCUCUCUGGUUCUUUUCGUCGGUUCUAGUUUUCUGACCCCAUUGCUCAAAAGAUUUUCAAGAAGCAAGUGCUCCAUAGGAGGAAUCGAACUGGUGCCGAUGCAAGUGCUGACGAGACACAUAACAUCUGUAAAUCUUUGUCUUUCUACUAGCACCUCCAUGUGCAUCAUUGGCUUCACUUGGGCUUCCCUUCGACCGAUACUGGCAACAAUUCUUUUCACGGCCUCGUCGAUGCCUCUCAUUUUACUGUUUCUAGUCAGCAUCAGGAUCAAGAGAGACUAAAAUGACUGACAUUAUUGAUAUUUGUUUUUAGAAUAUUUUUUUCCAUUUAAUUUUUGCUUUAAAUUCGUUAUACACGUAGGAGUGAUACUAUAUUUAGAAUAGUUUCUCUAGUAAAAUUUACACAACACACCAAAUCUGGUGACAAGUUGGUUCAAAAAUUUCCCAAAAUUGCAACUACGUCAGGAAUCGUACACAGCCAAACUCCCUUUUUGUGAAUGAUUUACAAACUUGCAAAUAA